UCGAUUGCUAGUUCAGAACAGGUAACAAUGGUAACAAGACUAGCCAGUGCCCAUAUGCCUGUUCCUCAUGUUGAAAAAGAUGCAUUUGGUGAACAACCUGAAAAAAUGACAUAUACAGAACAAGCCAGCAAAAGAGCUCAGUGUAUAAGGUUGACAAGCUUCAUUCGUCUUGCUGACUACCUUAUAGUCAACACAAUGCAUGUCCUGGCAGUGAAAUCUGUCGCUACUCUCUUGAAUUAUCUCACUGAUAAGUUGAAAAGGACACCUCCUUCGGAUGUCAUACAAAAAAUGAAUACAGAAGAGGAACCAGAAAUGACAGUAAAGAAGGUAGUUUCAGUGGUUGUAGGAUCAGACGAUGAUGAGUCAAGUGAGCCCAUGUUCCUUGCCGAGCUUAUUUUGGAGAUCCAUGCACUAUUAUUUGAACCAACUUUGGAUGAUUUCCAGAAUCUUAUGGCUGAGAUUGUGACUCAGUUUCAGGCAACUGUGUUAUCUGUCUCAAACUUAGUGCCCGAUCGAUACUUCGAUGCUUUCACUCGUCCUGUUAUUAACAACAAAAUUGAAGAAAAAACUUGUGGUGAAGGACCAAGCUUAUCUGCGAUGUUCAAAGAUGAUAAACACCUGCAAAAUAUCAUCCUCCAAAUAAAGGAGACAGUCUAUUUGGCAUUUGAAGCAGCCAACACGUAUGCUGCCACUUUUGAAAAUUUUAGAUCGUUUUUCAGAGAAAAUGAAAGUCUCGAUUUGGAUGCUCUGAAGAAGGAAGAACCGGAUGUUAAAUUCUUUGCUGAACAAAUGGAGAGAUAUCACAGACAACACAAAGAAGCAAUGGCCAUAAAGCAGAAGAGAAAUCUAGGAUUGCUCCUGAUAGAUGCUAAAAAACUGAAAGACAAACUAAUUCCAUCACCAAAACGCUGUUUGGAGGUCAUCAAUGAAAUGCUUCCCAUAAUUGCAAAGAAAAAGGUGGCCGCCAUCCUAGCUGAGGCCCAAGAUGCCAAAUUUAAACUUGAGUUUCUACCAACUACCACUACAGAAUAUGUGGCUUCCUUGAUGUUUCUUGAUGAAAUACAAGACAGGAUUGAAACUCUCGAGGACGACUCAAAAGUGGUGACAAAGAUGUAUCAACUCAUUGAACUGUACGCAGUGCCAGCUCCUCCUGAAGAUUUUGCUUUGUUUUCCACUUUGAAACCAUCCAUUGUGACUGUUCGCAACGCGAUCGACAAAUCUGUGGGUGAACGAGACGGCUGCCUCGUUAGAUUCUGUCAGCUUUUAGACCAGGACGUUCACGAACUGAACGAAGAGGUCAAAGAUGUGAAACGUGAAUCUGAGGACCCCCAGAUUUUGGAUAUUGGUGCUGACCAAGACAGAGUGAGACAACUUCUAGCACAUAUGCAGGAGGUUCUUGAUGCAUUACAGAAACGUGCAUUCCAGUACAAAUCGUACCAGAAGAACUUUAAGAGGUUAAAUGCAUUGGCUUCAUUAGUCCGUGGCAUCCUUCCAAAACUCCACAGAAAUAUCAUAACAGCGCUCAUAACGAUUGAUGUGCACGCGAGAGAUAUUGUUACUGAACUUGUGCAACAAAAGGUGGAUUCUGCCGACAGCUUUGAUUGGCAAAGACAACUGCGUUACUAUUGGGACCUUGAUCUAGACAACUGCGUGGCUAGGAUGGCUUUGUCCCAAUACACUUAUGGCUAUGAAUAUUUGGGGGCAUGCCCAAGAUUAGUGAUCACGCCGCUUACCGAUCGUUGCUACCUCUGCCUAAUGGGAGCAUUGCAGCUGGACCUGGGGGGAGCCCCAGCUGGCCCUGCUGGCACUGGCAAAACAGAGACCACGAAAGACCUGGCAAAAGCACUGGCCAUCCAGUGCGUUGUGUUCAACUGUUCAGAUGGCCUGGAUUAUAAGAUGAUGGGGCGUUUCUUCAGUGGCUUGGCACAGUCUGGAGCAUGGUGUUGCUUUGAUGAAUUUAACAGAAUUGAUAUUGAAGUUCUGUCUGUGAUUGCCCAACAGUUGAUUACUAUUAGGAAUGCUAAAGCUGCAAAGCUUUCUCGGUUUAUGUUUGAAGGACGUGAAAUAAAGUUAAUUAUGACUUGUGCAGCUUUCAUUACUAUGAAUCCUGGCUACGCUGGACGGACAGAGUUACCUGACAAUCUAAAAGCUCUCUUCAGGCCCUUUUCAAUGAUGGUUCCAAACUAUGCUUUGAUUGCUGAGGUUAUUUUAUAUUCUGAAGGAUUCGAAUCUAGUAAAAUACUCGCAAGGAAGAUGACUCAAAUGUACAAACUUUGCAGUGAGCAGCUGUCUCAACAGGACCACUAUGAUUUUGGAAUGAGGGCUGUCAAAUCUGUCUUAGUCAUGGCAGGAUCAUUAAAGAGGGAACAUCCAGAUCUGAGCGAGGAUGUUGUAUUAAUAAGAGCAUUAAGGGACUCUAACCUACCAAAAUUUCUUGCCGAUGAUGCUCUUUUGUUCAGUGGGAUUAUAUCUGACCUUUUCCCCGGAGUCAUAAUCCCAGAGCACGAUUACGGAGUGCUGCAGUCGACAAUAAUAGACGUCAUGCUUUCCAAAGGAUUACAGCCUGAAUCUACCAUGGUUCAUAAAGUCAUACAACUUUUUGAAACUAUGUUGGUAAGGCAUGGUGUCAUGCUUGUCGGGCCAACUGGAGGUGGGAAGACGACGGUUUACCAGGUCCUUGCCGACACUCUGGGAGCCUUGCAUGCAGCGGGAGAGGAUAAACCCUUCUACCAGCCCGUUAAAACAUAUGUCCUGAACCCGAAAUCAAUCACAAUGGGUGAACUAUAUGGCGAGGUUAAUCAUUUAACCCUGGAGUGGAAGGAUGGCCUCAUGGCACUGAGCGUUCGAGCAGCUGUAGUUGACACCUCGGAAGAUCACAAAUGGAUAAUCAGCGACGGGCCUGUGGAUGCUUUAUGGAUCGAAAACCUGAACACUGUUCUGGAUGAUAACAAGAUGCUGUGUUUGGCUAACAGUGAAAGAAUCAAGCUCACACCUUCUAUUCACAUGGUAUUUGAGGUGGAAGACUUAAGAGUUGCUUCACCUGCCACCGUAAGCCGUUGCGGAAUGGUAUUUAUUGACCCCGAAGAAUUGAAAUGGAUUCCCUAUGUAAAGACAUGGAUGGCAGGCCUUGAAGACAAACUCAACGAGGAAACCAAAACUUAUUUGUUUGAACUGUUUCAUCGUUACGUUGAAGAUGGUCUGAAAUAUGUCAACAAAAAAUGCUCGCAAACGAUGCCACAGGUGGACAUCAGUAAAGUUACUGCACUGUGUUGUCUACUGGAAUCACUGCUUCUUGGAAAAGGAGGCACCAGCCUGAAACUGGAACAGUCAAGAUUGAACUCUCUUGUGUGCCAGACUUUCGUGUUCUGUUAUCUGUGGUCAUUGGGAGGAAAUUUAAAUGAGAUCUACUGGGAUGCUUUUGACACGUUUAUAAGACAGCAGUUUGAGGACAAUCCAGAUUCUAAGCUUCCAAGCUCUGGUGAUUUGUGGAGUGUUUACAUUGAUUUCGAUACAAGGCGGCUGGAUCCUUGGGAGCGAAUUAUACCUUCUUUUAAAUACAACCACAACGUACCAUUUUUUGAAAUUCUUGUCCCUACCACUGAUACUGUGCGUUUUGGCUUUCUAAUGGAAAAGUUGCUAGCUGUCAGGCAUUCUGUGCUGUACACAGGAAUUACUGGCGUUGGCAAGUCCGUAGUUGCCAGAGCUCUGCUAAACCGAAUUCAAGAUGAAGCAGGUUAUGUUCCCGUUUACCUAAAUUUCUCUGCUCAGACUUCAUCCUCGAGGACCCAAGAGAUUAUUGAAUCCAAACUGGAAAAGAAAAGGAAAAAUAUUUUAGGAGCACCAGGAACGAAAAGAGUUAUCAUUUUUGUGGAUGAUCUAAAUAUGCCUAAACUGGAUCGUUAUGGUUCUCAGCCUCCAAUAGAGCUCCUGAGACAGUACCAGGACUUUGGAGGGUUCUAUGAUAGAGAGAAACUAUUUUGGAAGGAAAUACAAGAUGUGACUAUCGCCGCAGCCUGUGCACCUCCAGGUGGCGGACGUAAUCCAGUCACGGCCCGUUUCAUAAGGCACUUCGCCAUGCUGUGUCUUCCAACACCCUCCGAGCACAGCCUUAAACAGAUUUUUGAGGCUAUUUUAAAAGGCUUUUUGGCUGAAUUCUCUACAGCAGUCAGGCAGAUGGCAAAAAGCAUCGUGGAGGCUGCUGUUGAAAUAUAUCAAAGGAUGAGCCUUGAUCUUCUCCCAACACCCGCAAAAUCCCAUUAUGUAUUUAAUUUGCGUGAUUUGUCAAAGUGUGUUCAAGGCAUGUUGCAGUGCGACUCUGCAUCAGUUCGAGACCAAUCGCAUAUAUUCAGGCUCUUCUGCCAUGAGUGCCAGAGAGUUUUUCACGACCGCCUCAUCAGCAUCGAAGAUAAACAAUAUUUCUAUUCUAUGUUAGCUGAUAUGGCCAGUAAACAUUUUGGAGUCUCAGUUGAUCCCGACUCAUUUGUGUCAAAACCGAUCAUUUUCGGGGACUUCUUAAAGCUUGGACUUGAUAAAGCUGAGCGUGUAUAUGAGGAGCUACCAGACAUCCAAAAGAUCAUGGGUGUUUUACAAGACUAUCUGGAUGAUUAUAAUUUGUCAAGCGCCAAGGAGGUGAAGCUGGUAUUUUUCCAAGAUGCUAUAGAGCAUGUUUCAAGAAUUGCUCGGAUGAUUCGCCAGGAAAGGGGGAACGCUCUGCUGGUGGGCGUUGGGGGCACGGGCAAGCAGUCCCUAACUAGGCUUGCCUCUCACAUAUGCGGCUACAAAUGCUUUCAGAUCGAACUAAGCCGUGGCUAUAAUUACGACACUUUUCACGAAGACCUUCGGAAGCUGUAUAAAAUGGCAGGGGUGGAAGACAAAGAUAUGGUUUUCCUCUUCACUGACACGCAGAUUGUUGUGGAGGAGUUUCUAGAAGAUAUAAACAACAUUCUGAAUUCUGGCGAGGUGCCUAAUCUAUUUGAAAAAGAUGAACUGGAGUUUGUUAUGGCAGCUACCAGACCAAAAGCAAAAGAAGCUGGCAUACCAGAGGGCAAUAGGGACGAGGUAUUUCGAUAUUUUAUUAACCGCGUCCGCCAGAAGCUGCACAUUGUUCUGUGCAUGAGUCCUGUCGGAGAUGCUUUUCGAGCACGGUGCCGAAUGUUUCCAUCGCUUGUGAAUUGCUGCACGAUCGAUUGGUUUGUACAGUGGCCCAAAGAAGCUCUGCUUUCUGUAGCAAGGACUUUUUUUCUGCCCGUUGACCUUGGAAGUGACAAGAUGAAAGAGAAACUUUCAGUAAUGUGUGUAGAUAUUCACAUAAGUGUGACGGAGAUGGCGGACCGGUACUAUGCUGAGCUCCGGAGACGCUACUACACAACGCCUACUUCCUAUUUGGAGUUAAUCAAUCUUUACUUGUCCAUGCUAAGUGAAAAAAGGAAGCAGCUGGUUUCAGCUCGCGAUCGUGUGAAGAAUGGCUUAACCAAGCUAUUAGAGACAAACGAACUUGUUGAUAAAAUGAAAUUAGAUCUUUCGGCUUUAGAGCCAGUUCUGAAGGAGAAAUCAAUAGAUGUGGAAGCUUUGAUGGAAAAAUUAGCAGUGGAUCAAGAAAAUGCAGAUCAGGUUCGUCGUGUUGUUCAAGAAGAUGAAGCUAUUGCGAAAGUGAAAGCAGAGGAUACUCAGGCGAUAGCCGACGAUGCUCAGCGUGACUUAGACGAGGCUCUGCCUGCUUUAGAAGCUGCCAACAAAGCUCUCGAUUCUUUAGAUAAAGCAGAUAUUUCUGAAAUCAGAGUGUUCACUAAACCCCCGGACCUAGUCAUGACUGUGAUGGAAGCUAUCUGUAUUCUUCUUAAUGCAAAACCUGACUGGGCAACAGCGAAGCAGCUCCUCGGAGACUCCAAUUUCCUGAAAAAGCUUUUGGAAUACGAUAAAGAAAACAUAAAGGGUCAGAUAUUGCAAAAGCUUCAGAAAUAUAUGAACAACCCCGAUUUUGUGCCAGAAAAAGUUGAGAAAGUGUCAAAGGCAUGCAAAUCUAUGUGUAUGUGGGUGAGGGCCAUGGAUCUGUACUCUAGAGUCAUCAAGAUUGUGGAGCCGAAGAGGCAGAAACUGAAUGCUGCACAGGCAGAGCUUGAUGCAACAUUGGCUACCCUUCGAAAUAAACAAAAGAAGCUGAGACAGGUAGAAGAACAAAUUCAAGAACUACAAGACCAGUAUGAAACAAGUGUUAAUGAGAAGGAGAGUCUUGCAAAGACCAUGGCGCUGACUCAAGCACGUCUCACUCGAGCUGGGAGACUCACUGCUGCGUUAGGAGAUGAACAGGUCCGGUGGGAAGAGAGCAUUCUGAAUUUUGAGGCAGAGAUUUCAAACAUCAUUGGAAACGUGUUCAUAGCGGCAGCUUGUGUCGCCUAUUACGGAGCUUUUACUGCACUGUAUAGGCAAUCGCUAAUAGAUUGCUGGAUCAAACAAUGUCAGAAUCUGGACAUUCCUAUUAGUUCUGACUUCAGCCUUAUAAAUAUUUUGGGAGACCCUUAUGAAAUUCGGCAAUGGAACACUGACGGGCUGCCACGUGACUACGUAUCCACUGAGAACGGCAUUCUUGUUACUCGGGGGCGACGAUGGCCACUUAUGAUUGACCCCCAAGAUCAGUCAAAUCGUUGGAUAAGAAACAAAGAAGCAAAAAGUGGUUUAAAAAUAAUUAAGCUAACAGAUUCAGGUUUCCUGCGUACUUUGGAGAAUGCGAUUCGUCUGGGAUUGCCCGUUCUUCUAGAAGAGCUUAAAGAAACACUGGAUCCAGCUCUUGAACCCAUUCUUUUGAAGCAGACUUUCAUGUCCGGUGGGAGAAUGCUCAUUCGCCUGGGAGACUCGGACAUAGAUUAUGACAGGAAUUUUAGGUUCUACAUGACAACCAAAAUGCCGAAUCCACACUACUUGCCAGAGGUGUGUAUCAAAGUGACAGUUAUCAAUUUCACUGUGACAAGAUCUGGCUUGGAAGAUCAGUUGCUAAGUGAUGUCGUGCGCCUGGAGAGACCUGAGCUAGAGGAGCAAAGAACCCAGCUCAUUGUGAGAAUUAAUUCUGAUAAGAACCAGCUGAAAGCUAUUGAAGACAAAAUUCUGAAGAUGCUUUUUACAUCAGAGGGGAAUAUCCUGGACAAGGAAGAACUCAUAAACACACUCCAGGAAUCAAAGAUUACGUCCGGUGCCAUUAAAGUACGGCUUGUAGAAGCAGAGACUACUGAAGAAAAGAUAAACGCAGCCCGUGAAAAAUAUCGCCCCGUGGCUACUCGGGGCUCAGUCAUGUACUUUGUGAUCGCAAGCCUCUCGGAAAUCGAUCCGAUGUAUCAGUUUUCCUUAAAGUAUUUCAAACAGUUGUUCAACACCACUAUCGAAACAUCUGAGAAAAACGACGUUCUGGAAGAGCGCCUCAUUAUACUGCUCAGCCAGACCCUCUACGCAACUUACACCAACGUUUCCCGAGGCCUUUUUGAACAGCACAAACUCAUCUACAGCUUCAUGCUGUGUAUCGAGAUCAUGCGGCAGAAGGGAGAGCUUACAGAUGUUGAAUGGAAUUUCUUCCUCCGUGGAGCUGCCGGUUUAGAUAAGGAACGACCUGCCAAACCAGAAGUUCCGUGGCUUGAAGAAAAUGCCUGGUUCAUGUGCUGCGAUUUAGAAGAAACGCUCCCCUGUUUCGCAGGAAUUCAAAAGGACCUGUUGUCCAAGUACAUUCACAUUAAAUUAGGGCAACUUGACUUUGACGUCAACCCAGAAAACUGGGAAGGCUAUGAAUCUGCAGCAGAAGGAGUAAAAUCUGGAGACCCCGCAAGCAUUCCUUGGGACGACAGGCUGACUAUAUUUCAAAAACUAAUCGUGGUGAAAUGCUUUAUGGAAGAAAAGGUUGUUUCUGCACUUACUGAAUUUGUAAUAGAAAAUCUUGGGAAGCAGUUCAUAGAGAAUCCUCCAGUUGAUCUGGCAACCCUUUACCAGGACAUGUCUCCUUCAACACCGCUAGUGUUCAUCCUCAGUACAGGCUCUGAUCCUAUGGGCGCUUUCCAAAGGUUUGCAAAAGAGAGAGAAUUUUCAGAAAGGGUGGAGUCAAUUUCCUUAGGACAAGGGCAAGGGCCUAUUGCAGAAAAAAUGAUUAAGGAUGCACUGAAAUCCGGAAACUGGGUGUUCCUACAGAACUGUCACCUGGCUGUUUCGUGGAUGUUAGCUAUGGAGGAACUUAUCAAAAGUUUUACAGAACCAAACUUGUCUAUCCACGAAAGCUUUCGACUCUAUUUAAGUUCCAUGCCAUCUAAUACCUUUCCUGUCACUGUGCUUCAGAACUCUGUCAAGGUAACCAAUGAACCUCCCAAAGGACUCCGCGCAAACAUCAGGCGAGCAUUCACAGAAAUGACAGCUUCGUUUUUUGAAGAAAAUAUCCUGGGGAAAAUGUGGAGACAAAUCAUUUUUGGCGUUUGCUUCUUCCAUGCGAUAAUUCAGGAGAGGAAAAAGUUUGGGCCCCUUGGAUGGAAUAUUUGUUAUGAAUUUAAUGACAGUGACAGAGAAUGUGCCUUACUGAACCUCAAUCUUUAUUGUCAAGAGGGAAAAGUACCCUGGGAUGCCCUUACUUAUAUAACAGGUGAAAUUACUUAUGGCGGGCGAGUUACAGAUGCCUGGGAUCAGAGGUGCCUUCGCACAAUCCUAAGGAGAUUUUUCUCUCCAGAAACAUUACAAGAAGAUUAUAAAUAUUCAGAGUCAGGUAUAUAUUUCGCCCCGGCAGCUGUUAGCUUGCAAGAAUUUAAAGACUAUAUUGAAAAUCUCCCUUUGAGCGACGACCCAGAAAUUUUUGGGAUGCAUGAAAAUGCCAAUUUAUCUUUCCAGCGCAAAGAGACGAAUACCUUAAUUACUACAAUACUUGAAGUACAGCCACGAUCAACUGCCCAAGGAACAGGAAAAAGUAAUGAUGAGAUUGUUCAAGAGCUGGCAAGCACAAUCCUGUCGAAAAUCCCUGAAAAACUCGAUGUGGACACGGCCGCAGAAAGCCUUUUUGUCAAGGAUGACAGAGGGCGAGUGGACUCUCUGACAACGGUUCUUGGACAAGAAGUGGAUCGCUUUAACAGCCUUCUGAAGUUGUUAAAGAUCUCACUGGAAACGCUCAACAAAGCCAUUGCGGGUUUUGUUGUGAUGUCAGAAGAGAUGGAGAGGGUGUACCACAGCUUCAUGAAUAACCAGGUGCCAGCCUUGUGGGCCAAUGCUGCCUACCCAUCGCUGAAACCCUUGGGAGGAUGGGUGAAGGACCUCGUGCUGAGGACGACCUUUGUGGAUUUCUGGCUCAAAAGAGGUCCACCUAAAUCAUUCUGGAUCUCUGGCUUCUUUUUCCCGCAAGGAUUUUUGACAGGAACUCUUCAGAAUCAUGCUCGAAAAUAUAACUUACCGAUCGACGAGCUUAGUUUCAGCUACAGUGUCAUCCCCGUCUACCGAGAUCAAGCGCAAGUUUCAGAAGCUUCAAAACAAGCUCAUUUUGGAAGUGAAUUGCCAAUGGACACCUUGCUGCCUUCUCCUGAAGAUGGCGUCCUGGUCCACGGGAUGUUUAUGGAUGCCAGCCGCUGGGAUGAUGAAGAGAUGGUUGUAGAAGAUGCUUUGCCGAGGCAAAUGAACCCAGUGUUGCCAGUAGUGCAUUUUGAGCCGCAGCAGAAUUACGAACCAGACCCCGCGCUGUAUCAUGCCCCACUCUAUAAAACUGGGGCCAGAGCAGGCACUCUGUCUACCACAGGUCAUUCCACCAAUUUUGUGGUGACGGUCCUGCUGCCUUCCAACCGGCCAAGUGACUACUGGAUAUCUAAAGGGUCUGCGUUGCUUUGCCAGCUGAAUGAUUAACUGGGACAGGGUGGUUGCCGUCCACCAAGAGGAUGUCUACAUGGUGUGCCCAGCACUGGGUCGCAGCCGUUCAUCAGUGCCAGGCCCACAAUACGGGUAGGCUGCAUGACCACACUGUCCGAAGGCCAGGCCUUCCUUCCAAAUUUUAAAAUUUGCAUUCUCCUUUCUUAAUCGGUUGAAUGUCACUUUCAUCGCCUGCCCUCCUCUUUUCCUUGUCCUCUAUUCACUUACUGCUCCUAUGUUUUAUGCAUCUGUCGUGCAGUUAAAAGUUUUUUUUUAAAAAAAAAAUCCACCAUAAAGUGCGUGCGUGUUUUAGACAAGGGAACAUGUUUUGCAUUGGAAUGUUCACUUAUUGUGAAUCCU